CUCAUCUCUGGCUGGCUAGGCUCCUCACCUUCACGUGGUGCCAGCUGUUUGCACUAAGAAGGAGCACUUAAAAUACCCAAAGUGUGCCGAAACUGUGUGAAAGUACAUCUUAGAACAUGAUAUUUUAAUAAAUCAAGAUUAUCUAUUGUAAUACAGCUUCAGCUUGAUACCUUUUCAAGUGGCAAUUUCAGAAGCAAACAAACAAAAGCUAUUUUGUUUACAUUGAUAAUACAUUUUUUAUGCCAGGAUUUGAUUUGAGAGAAAUGCUUAUUUCAUGAUCACUUUUUUUUAUGAUAGUCAUAGCAAUAACUAAAUGUAAAUGAUAUGAAUGUUAUUUUAUUCAGUGGUAGUUGGAAUGGUUCAAAGGUUCAAAUGAAUAUAAUAUUCAUUGGUUGGAAUAAGUCAUGAAAAGAAGAUUUUGUUGUUGAAUGUUGAAUCGAUUUGAUAGCAAAAUUAAUUGUCUUUCAAAUUGUUGAGAGACUCUGUUUUGUUUAUCAAGUUGAUAAAUGGGUUAUUUUUAAGUUUCAAUUUUGUCUAGACUUUGUUUUUUUAUUUGCUUCUAAUUAUUCGAUUGAUACAUUUGAGUUUAAUUUCAGGUUUUACGCAUGUUUAUUCAUGAAUCUUUGUGUGAAUAGUAUCAUGAAAUUUCAAUGUGUAAACUGAUUGUAUUGACUCAAAUGUAUCAACUGAAUAACAUUUUAUGUGAAACAAUUGUUGAAUCAUUUAUUCAUUAUGCUUUCUUUCUUGUCUUACAGAAACAAACUCAAGUCUAUCAUUAAUUCUGGACCUGUGAAAUGGACAAUUUCCAUGUUACAAUAAAAGAUUGUGGAAAGUAUCUUUACAAGCUCAGAUUGACGAGAAGCUAAACGAAAGUGGAAAAGCAUUCCUUGAAGCAUUAAAGCAACGUCUUAUCAUUUUGUAUAAUUUUUAUUGGUUAAACUCAAAUUGCUACAAAAUGGAAUCAUCCUGUGAAAAGAUAGCAGGAAAUCGUGAGACAGCGUCACCAGAAACAGUAAAGACUUCAUCAAUAACAGCGCCAACUGUUACAAUGUCUACUACUUCAACAGUAAAAGACGAAUCAGAAAGAUGUUCACAAUCAAGUUUGUCACCAGAAACAAAAAAACUGACAAAAAAACGUCGAACCUCUUCUUCAAUCAAUGAUCAGGAAAAGAACAAUGAGUUGUCUAAUUGUCAUUCAAGUGAUGAAAAUUUUGAAGAAACAAACACCUGUAAAAAUCGUGGUACAAGCAACUGUGAUGAUAACAAAAAAUGCAUAAAUGCUAAUGAGGUUUCCUCUGAUGUUUGUCAGAAUAAUGAGAUUACAACUCGUGUUGAAUCCAAUGAUGAACAAAUCAGUUUAAAAGUUGACUCGACAUUGUGUGAAUCUGAAUCUUCAGUUGAUAAAACGGAUCCAAUAAAGGCUGAUUCAUCGAGAGUAACUUCAUAUGCAACCAAAUUAUCAAGUAUGGCAACUUCACCAGUACAAAUGAUGUCAAAGGACUCAAGUAAAGAGGAAUCUGGACACAACGUUUCUUCGCUAUCUUCGCCAGCUACAUCAAGUGAAGCUGUAAAUCCUUGUCAAUCAAUUACUACAGAGUUAACCAAAUCUCCUACUUCAGUAAUUGUGAAAGCAAAAUCAGCUACAGCAACAUCAACAACCACAUCAGCAACCACAACAACGACCACUACAAAAUUAUCCUUGUUAUCAUCAGAAAGCUCCAUCAAAACAGAAACGACAACAACUGUUCACUGUGAGUUAAAACAAGAAGAUGAGAAUAAAAAUGAUGAAAAUGUAAAUAGAAUUGUUAUUAAAGAAGAAAUGCGACCUAAUCAAAUGGAUGAAUAUGAUGAUGAUAAUAUUAAUGACUUGAAAAAGCAGGAAUUAUGUUCAUCAGAUUCAACCGAUUCCACUGCAAUCAAUGAUACAAAAUGUAAUUCAAUUAUUGCAUUAUCAAGUUCAAGUGAAUCUUCAAAUGGUGAAACAGUGAAUAUACAAAAACCAGUACAAACUUCACCUUUGCUUGUUGAUGACCUUUCAAAAACAGUACAAAAAAAUACAGAAACGUCCAAUUUUUCAACUUCCUAUAUUUCUAAAGAUAAUGAUAAAAACACUACUAAUCAUGAAAAUAGUAAUGAUUAUGGUGAUCAUCAAUUUAAUCCAGAAGCAAUUCCAAUACAAAAAAGUUCAGCAAUACCUACAUCAACUAUAAUGUCUAUAACUAAAGGAGAAACAACAAAGACAACCUUGAGCGCAACAGUGGAGCCAGCUGUAGAAGGCAUCAGUUUUGGACUGGAUAACAUCUUAAGCAAAGCUAAAACACUGCAGUCUAAUUUAUGUAUCGAAAAUUCCGUUUCCAGGUUCAAUCCGAGUUCAUCUAUGUCAUCGCAACAAUCGACUUCUACUAAAAAUGAUAUAAUUACCAUGUCUACAUCUCCAAAAGAUCUGGAUUCAUUACCAUUACAGAAAUCUGGUCGAUGGAAUACUAUGCAUGUAAGAAUAUCAUGGGAAAUAUUAAGACAACAAAAAGCCUCUCAAGGUGAUAAAUCAAAUACAAAUUCACCUCCACCUUUAACAAUUACUCCUUCAUCAAGAUCUUUUAAUUUAAAAUCUCCAACCAUUUUACCACCAAGUUCCUCAUCAGCUCCAGCAUCAGCAUCAUCUAUUUCAUUACCCACUUUGAAUAAAAAUAGUCAUUUACCUUAUGAUCUGAUUCGACCGCCAGCUACUAAUAUUUUUGGAAUGCAAACACCGCAAUCACAAUCGCAGCAACAUCAAAACCAAUUUCAACCUCAAUCACAUCCACAUCCACAUCCACAUUCGCAGCUGCCACCUCUACAUCUCUAUCAUCAACAGAAUCGACCUCAACACUCGACACCUCAUUCACGAUCACUAGAGAUCUCAUCAUUUUCAGCAUCAUUAAUGAAUGCUGCUUCUGGUGGACUCAAUACAAGAUUACCUCUUGAUUCAAAUCCAUGGGAUCAUAGAUCACAAUUUGGUCCAGUAUCUUCAGCUAGUGGUCAUCUUCCCUAUCCAUCUUUUCAAGCACCGUUGUCGUCUUCAUCUAUAUAUGCCUCUGGUUCUUCUAUACCACAAUCUUUAGCAUUAUCAUCUUCGAGUUCAACCUCUUCAGUUUCAACACCAUCAAUAACUGCACCGAUAUCGUCUUUAGGUAAAAUAAAUGGAAAUUCAAUUUUUGGUCUUCCACCUCGUCCUGGUGAAAUGACAUCCUUUUCAACAUCUCUUUACAAUGCUGCAGUUGCUGCUGCUGGACAUGGACUCAAUAGACCGAAUUUAGAAGCAUGGAAUUCACCAUUUGCUCCUGGACCAGGAAUGUCUUCGAUUGCUGCACAUAAUUUUAUCCGUUCUAGUUUACCUGGUUUCCCUGGUUUUCCUCAUCCUCACUCUAAUCCACAUGCAACCCACAAUAAUCUUGGAUAUCCAGGUUCUGUGCCAACCUCAAUGUCUAAUAAUUUGUUUGCAAAUCUUGCACCACCACAACCGUCACAUUCAUCAGCAUCUUCUAUAUCAUCAUCCAAUAUAGAUUCUUUAAUGAAUACACCUGGUCGUCCUGGUAGUUCAAUUUUUCCGCCAAUAGGAAGAGAAGAACAUCAUCCUCCAGUAUCAAAUUCUUCUGGUUGUGGCUCUAUUCCUGGCUCAGGUUCUUCGUCUUCAUCCUCAACAUCGACAUCAUGGGGAGGCCUUAAAGCUGAAGCUGAAAAAUCGGAAUUUGCUAAACAUAGAGAUGGAACAAGUCGAAAUAUUCCUUCACGUUUAAAAGAUGAGGUACGAAGUGAUUCACAUCAUCAUCAUCAACAUCGUAGUAGUAGUAACAAUAGUAAUAGCAGUAGUAGCAAUAAUAAUAGCAAAAUUGUUGGAUCAAAACCUUCAUCAUCAUUAUUGAAUCAUAAUGGUGAUUAUGAAUCAUCACACCGUCGUGAACGAGAAAAAAGUUCAAACAGCCAAAAACGUGAACAUUCACGACCAUCUAGUGUCAGCAGUGUAUCAAGUGGUAAUAAAAUAAUGAAAACAAGUAGUAGUGCCUUUAAUGAUAAUAGAUCAUCUCACAUAAACGAAUCAAAGGCUAAAGAUGAUCGUAAAGAAUCAAUGAAUAAUUAUAACAAAUAUUUUGAUCGAAGUCAUAAACAUUCAUCAAAUUCUGAUCGUCAAACUACAAGCUCUUCCAGUGUAUCUAAUUUACCUGCAGAUUUUUUGAAUGCGGAACGAGAUUGGGAAUACAGAUGCCAGUUAGCUGGGCUUACUGAGCCUAUGGUCGCCGGUAUGAUGCCAUAUCCAGUAUCAUUGCCAAGGGAAUAUCAAAAUGCUCUUUGGGAUCCACUUAGUCAACCUUUUCCCAGUCACUUUGCUGAACAAGAACGUAUAUUUCAACGAUACAAUAUUCUCAAUUCGUCAGGCGGAGGGGCGCCAUUGACGGAGAAGCUUGCCAAAGAAGGACCAUUCCAAUCUAUGUUAGACAAAGAAGCACGAGGCAAAGAAAUGGCUGCAUUCCCUCCUGGAUUUGAUAGAUGUGCUCAAUAUCCGCUUCCUAAUUUAAUUCCUCCGCCGAAUGCACCUUCACUGGCUUCACCUUACGGUGGUCCAAGCUCAUUAAGUCAUGGACCAGGUAAUUUAGGCUUAGGACAUGCACUGCCACCACCACCUCUACCACCUUUAUCGCAAUCUCAUCCACAUUCACAUGCAUCUUCCUCUUACCAUCAUCAGCUACAACAGCAUCACCUUAAUCAAACUUCACCGGGUCAAUCAACGCCAUCUUCAUCAUCUGUUUUAAUGUUUCCUCCAAAUCCUUAUUUAAACAGUUUGCACUCACUCUCUGCCAGUGCUGGAUCAAAUGUUCGGACAGACCUCAACAAUCGUACCAAAUCAUUGUCAUCGUAAUUUUUUUUGUCUGCAUCACCAAGUGAACCACUGAGAAA